AUGACAGAAGUGGGAAAGCUGCCCCCACCACUGCCCCCACGACUGGACUGGUUCGUGCAGACGCAGGUGGUUCAGCUGGCCCAAGAAGGGGUCCCCGCAUGGUUCCACGGUGCCAUCUCGAGAGAGGAUGCCGAGAAUUUGCUGGAGUUACAGCCACUGGGAUCCUUUCUCAUUAGAGUGAGUCACAGCCACGUGGGCUACACACUGUCCUACAAAGCCCAAAGCUGCUGCCGCCACUUCAUGGUGAAGCUCUUGGAUGACGGGAGCCUCGUGAUCCCUGGAGAGGAGAAGGCCCACGCCUCACUGGACGCCCUGGUCACCUUCCACCAGCAGCAGCCUAUGCGGCCACACAGGGACCUGCUGACUCAGCCCUGUGGGCAGAAGGAUCCAGCGAACUUGGAUUAUGAGGAUCUCUUCCUUUACUCCAAUGCAUUGAGGGAGGAAGUUGCCAGCCCCGCCCAUGUCCCCAGGGAACAUCAGAAUCCUUCCUCCUGUCCCAGGGCUGCACCUGAGGAGACCUCAGCGAGGCCGACACUUGAUCACCCAAGGGGAAGGAAGCCAUCAGCAGAGAUGGACAGAGCUUCCACGGAGGAAGCCACUUCCUCCUGCCCCCCAAAAGCUCCUCUUGAGAAGGCUUGCCGGAAACUCUGGAGGAACCUCAAGAUGCUCCCCCAGACGGGCAAGAGGGUCCAGCAGCAGCUGACAUCCCACUUGUCUUCUACUAACUUGUCAUCGCUCUGGAGUGCUGGGCCACCAGCAGCGACACACAGCUCGGGGGCCAGGCCAGGUGACGCCCACUGGGAAGAUAAUGUCGACACAGACCGCUCUGUGGCCACGUCCCUUGCAAGCCCCUCACAGCCCCAGGAUCUGAGAGACAGAGUUGACCCCUCCAGGAAGGUCUCAAGAUUGGCCAGCUGGAGCGAGGCGACCCCGAGGGUCAAGGGUUGGCACCAAGCAGUAGUGAGGGCCCUGUCCCCAAAAGUGUCUAAACCAGAGAAAAAGGACUUGGCAGAACCCCAGAAGGACUGGCUCCCAGAGGAGUACCGCCCACCGCCACCCUUUGCCCCUGGGUACUGUUAA